AUGCCAUUCCAAGAUUUCGGUCACAACUUGAAUCUAGAUGUCUGUUCUAGCCCCCACUUUCGGCGAAAAAGGCAGAAUCAGCCGUUCAACUCCCAGAGCCGCGCAGAGUUAUUGUUGGGUAUUCGCAAGGCGGCUACGCAAGAUCACUUGGCGUCGAAAGCUACCAGGAGUCUGAGAUGGUUAUGGUUUUCCGAAAUUGUUGAAAAUCUGAUGGUAGCGUGGCACCGUAGAGACAUACUUGCAUGCCGCUACAAGUUCAAAGACUAUAAAGAAGGCUCUUCAACCACAUACCGUAUUUUUCAGUAUUUUUUCCCUGGCGAGCGGCAUCGCAGAGUCUUUCUGGGUAUAUUGCAUACAGCGUUUGAACUAGAGCAGAAUCAGCCGGCUACGCUCACGUCUUCAAACAUACCCGAUUCCAAGAGGGCCUCCCUCAAAAGAGACAGGUCAUCUCUCGGAGAAGUGGACUCAGGGUUUGAUCAAGACUCUACAGCCCCCUCCACCAAACGUUCGCGCGCCAGAGGCGCUCUCUCGUCCAGGGGCUUCGCCUGUCACUUCUAUAAGCGGUUUCCCUCAACCCAUGUCAGUUGCUUAGGCUACCAUUUUGCGAAGCUCAAGGAUGAGAACCAGCACUUGCAUCGGUGCCACCUGGCACCCGAGUACUACUGUCCAGUAUGUGGUGACACUUUUGCAACCCAAGCUGCCGUGGACAGACAUAUUGCGUUACGCACCUGCGAACAUCGCCAUGUCGCAUUUCAUGGAGUGACCACGGCUCAGGCGCAAAGCAUUAGUAGGAUACUGCGCUCCCGCGGGAGAACGGAUGAGGCUCGUUGGUACGAUGUUUGGAGCAUUCUUUUCCCCGGCUGCACGCCACCUCUCACACCAUAUCGUGCAGAUCUGCAGACAGAGAUCACAUCGCAAAUACAAGUCUUUUACCGCCAGAGUGAGAGGCAACAGAUGAUUGAAGCCCGUCUGCGGCAGUCCGGGCUCAUUGCUGACGCCGGGUUUGUCGAUGGCCACAACCCUGAAAUCCUCACGCAGGCCGUUAGGGUGGUAAUGGGAUGCUUUGACAUGGUCAUUGACGCUUAUCAUACACAGGCUCAGGAGGAACGAGCCGCCGUCAUGGGUCCAGGACUAUCUGAUGAUGAUAAUGGGCUCACUGGCGGUGAUCAAGCCAUCAUACCCUCGUCGCUCGACCACAUCACUCCGGUGCAACUUCAAAGACCCAACCCGACAGUUUCAUAUCCAGCAGACAUCACUCACCAAUGGGUGAUGGACACAGAAAGCAAUGCAAUCAGCCAUAAUCCAGCGAAUUCCUUCGUUGAUAUACCACAGUUGUUCGAGAACCCCACAUUCCUCGACAACUCAGACUUUGCAAACUUCUUCCAAGAAGAUGGAGAUAAUGAGGGUCGUUGA